CCUGUCUGUCCCCGCUCCCGGGGCGGGCUCUCCCCUGGCCCCGCCCGUUCCGGCAGCGAUGGCGGCGGCGGGGCUGGCGGGGCUGGGCCCCGGCGAGGCCGCGGCCGCCGCUCAGGCGCUGGCGCUGCCCGCGGAGGCCUUCGGCAACGACCCCCGCGUGGAGCUGGCCUGGGCCAUGAAGGCGCAUCAGCACGCCCAGGUCUACUUCAACCUGAUCCGCUCGGUGGAGCCGCGGCUGCUGAGGCUGACCCCGCUGGACGCGCAGAUCUACGAGCGCUUCCGCGGCGCCUUCCCCGCGCUGCGCGUGGGCCUGCUGGACCCCGAGGAGCUCAAAUCCGAGGAGGCCAAGGCGAAGUGGCGCCCGUUCUGCCUCAGCUUCGAGGGCGUGGUGGAGGAUUUCAACUUCGGCACGCUGCUGCGCCUGGACAGCGGCGGGGAGUACUCGGAGGAAAACACCAUUCUGGCCACCAGGAUCCAGUUUCUGGCCAUCGAGAUCGCCCGGAACAGAGAGGGCUGCAAUGAUGGGGUUCACAGCAGGGGCAGGGAGGGAACGGCGGCGUGAGAUCGGGGUGGGAUUGGGAUCGGGGUGGGGUCGGG